AUGUCAAAACCAGACUUAAAUUCUCUUUCAAUUAAAAUGAAACAAAUAAACCUCUUAAAAGAGAGGUUUAGUCAUACUAUAGAAGUUGUCAAAGAUUCUACCUUCAAAAUUCCUUUCUUAAAUGUACAUUUAUUAAUUUCAUUACCAGUCAAUUUCCCCAACUCACCACCAGCAUAUUUUUUAGAGAUUUUACAAACACAUCAACCAGUAUCAUUACCACCAAAUUAUCAAUGGACACAAAUUAGUAAUUUAGCAUCAGUAACUGUACAUAUAAUGGAACCUUUUAUAAAAGAUAGUAGAAUAUUAGAAACAUUAAUUGAGCAGGUUAAAAGAUCUCAAGCAAUGCAACAACAACAACAACAACAACAACAACAACAAAGAAAUCAACAAGCACAACAACAAUACUCCCCACCUCCACCAUAUAAAGAUCAACCAAUUAAUAAACAACCAGCACAACAACAACCACAACCAGUACAACAAAAACCACAACAACAACAAAAUGGAACUAAUAAAAUACCAAUGAUACCAACAGAAUUCCCAGAAUUAAAAUCAAAAUCAGUAGAAGAAUUAGAAGAAUUAUUAAAGAAUGAAGAUUCAUUAAAUGCAUUUAUUUAUUCAUAUGAUGAAGUUAGUGAAUUAUCAAAUAGAAAAUCAAAAUUAUUAUCAGAGAAUGAAAGAUUAACAAAGAUUACAGAUCCUUUACCAAAUGAUAUCAAUGAUUUAUCAGCAAACUUAAUGACAUCAAAACAAAAACUUGAAGAGUUAAAACGAAAACAAGAACAAUUACAACAAAAAAAGAAUUCAAUCGCUGACAAAUACUCUCAACAAAACUUAUUGGAAAUAUUAAAUGAUUCAAUAUCUGAUUUAGAGUCUGAAUCUGAUAAUAUAGUUCAUUCAUUUUUAGAAGGUAAUUUAGAAUUAAAAGAAUUCAAAAAACAAUUUAAAGAAAAAAGAUCUUCCUAUCACUCCAAAUGUGCUAAUAAAGAUUUAUUUUUUAAAUAA